AGGCCGGUCCGCCCUCCCCCUGGUUCCCGCCCCUCCCCCUCCCCUCCCCGCCCCCCCGGCCCCGAGGGAGCGAGCCGCGGCGCGGCGGGAGCUGCGGGAGGUGGAGGAGGCGGAGGAGGGAGUCCGCGAGGGAGGGUCCGCCCGGCCCCCCGCCGCCGCCGCCGCCGGAGCCGCCUCUAAGACGAGGAGCAGCAGAACAUGGCGCCGGGGCCGCCGUCGACACAGCCGGGCUCCCGGAGGCCGGGGCCGCGCUGAGGGCGCCCCGCUUGGAAGAAAUGCUGGCUAUUUGGUGAUGAGAAGUGGCAAAAACUGACCUUGUACUGGUACACAAGCACUACAGGACCUGACACUUCGCUGCAUGGGCAGCCAGCCCCUGCUGAUGAUGUUGGCAAGCCAUCGGGUCCACUGGAAAACACUAAUCUGAUCUCGGAAGUGGCUGAUUGUGGCAGGAUGUGUCGACGAUGAUGAUGGCAAGAAAGCAAGAUGUCCGCAUUCCCACCUACAACAUCAGUGUGGUGGGAUUGUCUGGGACCGAGAAGGAGAAGGGCCAGUGCGGCAUUGGGAAGUCCUGUCUGUGCAACCGCUUCGUGCGCCCAAGUGCUGAUGAGUUUCACUUGGACCACACCUCUGUCCUCAGCACCAGUGACUUCGGAGGGCGAGUGGUCAACAAUGACCACUUCCUCUACUGGGGAGAAGUUACCCGAUCCCUGGAGGAUUGCGUGGAAUGUAAGAUGCACAUUGUGGAGCAGACCGAGUUCAUUGAUGACCAGACUUUCCAACCUCAUCGAAGCACGGCCCUCCAGCCCUACAUCAAGAGAGCUGCUGCCACCAAGCUCGCAUCAGCUGAGAAACUCAUGUACUUUUGCACUGACCAGCUGGGGCUGGAGCAGGACUUUGAGCAGAAACAAAUGUCAGAUGGAAAGCUGCUAAUCGAUGGUUUUCUUCUUGGUAUUGAUGUUAGCAGGGGCAUGAAUAGGAGCUUUGAUGACCAGCUCAAGUUUGUCACCAAUCUGUACAAUCAGCUGGCAAAAACAAAGAAGCCCAUCGUUGUGGUCCUGACGAAGUGUGACGAGGGUGUUGAGCGGUACAUUAGAGAUGCACAUACUUUUGCCUUAAGCAAAAAGAACCUCCAGGUCGUGGAGACCUCUGCACGAUCCAACGUCAACGUGGACUUGGCCUUCAGCACCUUAGUGCAGCUCAUUGAUAAGAGUCGGGGAAAGACGAAAAUCAUUCCUUACUUUGAAGCUCUCAAGCAGCAGAGUCAGCAGAUAGCUACGGCAAAGGACAAAUACGAGUGGCUAGUGAGCCGCAUUGUGAAAAACCACAAUGAGAACUGGCUGAGUGUCAGCCGAAAGAUGCAGGCCUCUCCCGAGUACCAGGACUAUGUGUACCUGGAAGGGACUCAGAAAGCCAGGAAGCUGUUUCUCCAGCACAUCCACCGCCUCAAGCACGAGCAUAUCGAGCGCAGAAGGAAGCUGUACCUGGCAGCCCUGCCAUUAGCUUUCGAAGCUCUUAUCCCCAAUCUAGAUGAAAUAGACCACCUCAGCUGCAUAAAAGCCAAAAAGCUCUUGGAGACCAAGCCAGAAUUCUUGAAGUGGUUUGUGGUGCUUGAGGAGACCCCGUGGGAUGCCACCAGCCACAUCGACAACAUGGAGAAUGAGCGGAUUCCCUUCGAUUUAAUGGACACGGUCCCUGCCGAGCAGCUGUAUGAGGCCCACUUAGAGAAACUGCGCAACGAGAGGAAAAGAGCCGAGAUGAGAAGGGCAUUUAAAGAAAACCUGGAGACCUCGCCUUUCAUAACUCCCGGAAAGCCGUGGGAAGAGGCCCGGAGUUUCAUCAUGAACGAAGAUUUCUACCAGUGGCUGGAAGAAUCUGUGUACAUGGACAUCUACGGGAAACACCAAAAGCAGAUUAUAGACAGAGCAAAGGAAGAGUUUCAGGAGCUGCUUGUAGAGUAUUCAGAGUUGUUCUAUGAGCUAGAGCUGGAUGCAAAGCCCAGCAAGGAGAAGAUGGGGGUCAUUCAGGAUGUUCUGGGGGAGGAGCAGCGGUUCAAAGCAUUACAGAAGCUCCAGGCGGAGCGCGAUGCCCUCAUUCUGAAGCACAUUCACUUCGUGUACCACCCCACAAAAGAAACGUGCCCCAGCUGCCCGGCUUGUGUGGACGCUAAGAUCGAGCACUUGAUUAGUUCUUGGUUUAUCCGGCCAUCUGACCGGAAUCAGAAAAAUUCACUCUCUGACCCCAACAUUGAUAGAAUCAACUUGGUGAUCUUGGGCAAAGAUGGUCUUGCCCGAGAGUUGGCCAAUGAGAUUCGAGCUCUUUGUACAAAUGAUGACAAGUAUGUGAUAGACGGUAAAAUGUAUGAGCUUUCCCUGAGGCCCAUAGAAGGUAAUGUCAGGCUUCCUGUGAACUCUUUCCAGACGCCAACGUUUCAGCCCCACGGAUGCCUCUGCCUUUACAAUUCAAAGGAAUCUCUGUCCUACGUGGUGGAGAGUAUAGAGAAGAGUAGAGAGUCCACACUUGGCAGGCGAGAUAAUCAUUUAGUCCACCUCCCGCUGACACUGAUUUUGGUUAACAAGAGAGGAGACACCAGUGGGGAGAGCCUGCACAGCUUAAUACAACAGGGUCAGCAGAUUGCUAGCAAGCUUCAGUGUGUCUUCGUGGACCCCGCUGCUGCCGGCAUUAGUUACGGACGCAACAUUAACGAAAAGCACAUCAGUCAAGUUCUGAAAGGACUCCUGGACUCUAAGCGUAACUUGAACCUGGUCAGUUCUACUGCCAGCAUCAAAGACCUGGCUGACGUCGACCUGCGGAUUGUCAUGUGCUUGAUGUGUGGAGAUCCUUUUAGCGCAGACGACAUACUCUUGCCUGUCCUUCAGUCCCAAACCUGUAAAUCUUCCCACUGUGGGAGCAACAACUCUGUUUUACUUGAACUACCGAUCGGGCUACACAAGAAGCGCAUCGAACUGUCUAUUCUUUCGUACCAUUCCUCGUUUAGCGUCCGAAAAAGCCGCCUAGUCCAUGGGUACAUAGUUUUUUAUUCAGCCAAACGUAAGGCCUCGUUGGCUAUGUUACGUGCCUUUCUCUGUGAAGUGCAGGAUAUCAUCCCCAUUCAGCUGGUCGCACUCACUGACGGCGCUAUCGAUGUCCUGGACAAUGACCUAAGUCGGGAACAGUUGACCGAGGGGGAGGAGAUCGCUCAAGAAAUUGAUGGCAGAUUCACAAGCAUUCCCUGCAGCCAGCCCCAGCAUAAACUCGAGCUCUUCCACCCGUUCUUCAAAGACGUGGUGGAGAAAAAGAACAUCAUCGAGGCCACUCACAUGUACGAUAACGCGGCCGAGGCCUGCAGCACCACGGAGGAGGUGUUCAGCUCCCCGCGGGCGGGCUCUCCGCUCUGCAACUCCAACCUGCAGGACUCCGAAGAGGAUGGCGAGCCCCCUUCGUACAGCCUAUUUCGAGAAGACCCAUCGCUGCCCUCCCUGUCCAAAGACCACUCUAAGCUCUCCAUGGAACUGGAGGGAAACGACGGGCUGUCCUUAUUCAUGAGCAACUUUGAGAGUAAACUGAACAACAAAGUACCUCCGCCAGUCAAACCAAAGCCGCCUGUCCACUUUGAAAUCAAGGGGGACCUGUCUUACUUAGAACAAGGCCACAGAGACGGCCGGAGGAAGUCCCUGUCUUCGAGCACCUGGCUGCCUCCGGAUGGCUUCGAUCCUUCUGACUACGCCGAGCCCCUGGAUGCCGUGGUCAAGCCAAGGAACGAAGAAGAAAACAUAUACUCCGUGCCCCACGACAGCACCCAAGGCAAGAUCAUCACCAUUCGGAACAUCAACAAAGCCCAGUCCAACGGCAGCGGGAACGGCUCCGACAGUGAAAUGGACACCAGCUCCCUAGAGCGAGGCCGCAAAGUCUCCAUUGUGAGCAAGCCGGUGCUGUACAGGGCCAGGUGCAGCCGCCUGGGCAGGUUUGCCAGCUACCGAACCAGCUUCAGCGUGGGGAGCGAUGACGAGCUGGGGCCCAUCCGCAAGAAAGAGGAGGACCAGGCAUCUCAAGGUUAUAAAGGGGACAAUGCCGUCAUUCCAUACGAAGCAGAUGAAGACCCCAGGAGAAGAAACAUUCUUCGCAGUCUGCGAAGGAACACUAAGAAACCAAAGCCCAAACCCCGGCCGUCCAUCACAAAGGCAACCUGGGAGAGCAACUAUUUUGGGGUCCCCUUAACCACCGUCGUGACUCCAGAGAAGCCCAUUCCUGUUUUUAUUGAGAGAUGCAUCGAGUACAUUGAAGCCACAGGACUGAGCACUGAAGGCAUCUACCGGGUCAGCGGGAACAAGUCAGAGAUGGAGAGUCUGCAGAGACAGUUUGAUCAAGACCACAACCUGGACUUGGCGGAGAAAGACUUCACAGUGAACACCGUGGCUGGUGCCAUGAAGAGCUUCUUCUCAGAGCUGCCUGACCCCCUGGUGCCCUACAACAUGCAGAUCGAUCUGGUGGAGGCGCACAAAAUCAACGACCGAGAGCAGAAGUUGCAUGCCCUCAAGGAAGUCCUCAAGAAGUUUCCAAAGGAAAACCACGAAGUCUUCAAAUACGUCAUCUCCCACCUGAACAAAGUCAGCCACAACAACAAGGUGAAUCUCAUGACCAGCGAGAACCUCUCCAUCUGCUUCUGGCCCACCCUGAUGCGGCCGGACUUCAGCACCAUGGACGCGCUCACCGCCACGCGCACCUACCAGACAAUCAUCGAGCUCUUCAUCCAGCAGUGCCCCUUCUUCUUCUACAACCGGCCCAUCAGCGAGCCCCCCGGCGCCACGCCCAGCUCCCCCUCCGCCGCGGCCUCCACCGCGCCCUUCCUCACCUCCACCCCCAUCACCAGCCAGCCAUCGCCCCCCCAGUCCCCCCCUCCCACCCCCCAGUCCCCGAUGCAGCCGCUGCUGCCCUCCCAGCUUCAAGCUGAGCACACGCUGUGAGUCCCCGCGCUCGGGGGCAAAGGAAGCUGUCUUCUCUCUGGUAAGGUGGCCUGUGGUCCACUGGGCAGGGUGGGGGUGCCCUCUGCCUGUCACCUUCUCACAGCCUCAGCGGGAGCACCAGCCGGCAGUCCACCGGAGGCGGCUGGGCUGUCAGAU